CUACAAUGUAAAUAGUCAUGAAAAUGCAUUGAAUGAGAAGGUGGUUCCAAACCUUUGGCCUGUACUCUAUAUAUAUAUAUUUUAAGCUCCCCAAACAGUCUUCCGGAAAUACGCCUCUCCUCAAGCGGAAGCAGAAAAUUCCAAGAUGGAGGUGGACGGAGCUGAUCAUAUGGAGAUGGGGGAGAGUAAAGGUGGCUCAGGUCUCCGGCAGUACUACUUGUCUAAGAUUGAAGAGUUACAGUUGACCGUAAAUGACAAGAGCCAAAAUCUCAGACGACUGCAGGCACAGAGAAAUGAGCUCAAUGCCAAAGUGCGUCUCCUUCGUGAGGAGCUGCAGUUACUACAGGAGCAGGGGUCCUACGUAGGAGAAGUGGUUAGGGUCAUGGAUAAAAAGAAAGUGCUGGUCAAGGUCCAUCCAGAAGGAAAAUUUGUCGUGGAUGUGGACAAGAACAUUGACAUCAAUGAUGUGACUCCCAACUGUCGCGUGGCUCUGCGUAACGACAGCUACACCCUGCACAAGAUCCUGCCCAACAAGGUGGACCCCCUGGUAUCCCUUAUGAUGGUGGAGAAGGUGCCGGACUCCACCUAUGAAAUGAUUGGUGGCCUGGAUAAGCAGAUCAAGGAGAUCAAAGAAGUGAUUGAGCUGCCUGUCAAGCACCCAGAGCUGUUUGAGGCUUUAGGCAUUGCACAGCCUAAGGGCGUGCUGCUCUACGGUCCCCCAGGUACAGGGAAGACCCUGCUGGCCAGAGCUGUGGCCCACCAUACUGACUGUACCUUCAUCAGGGUGUCCGGCUCUGAGCUGGUCCAGAAGUUCAUCGGAGAGGGAGCCCGCAUGGUGCGUGAGCUGUUCGUCAUGGCCAGAGAACAUGCACCCUCCAUCAUCUUCAUGGACGAGAUUGACUCCAUUGGGUCGUCUCGCCUGGAGGGCGGAUCGGGUGGUGACAGCGAGGUGCAGAGGACAAUGCUGGAGCUGCUCAAUCAGCUGGACGGCUUCGAAGCCACCAAGAACAUCAAGGUCAUUAUGGCCACCAACCGUAUUGACAUCCUGGACUCCGCUCUGCUCAGGCCAGGCAGGAUUGACAGAAAGAUUGAGUUCCCCCCUCCAAAUGAAGAGGCCCGUCUGGACAUCCUGAAGAUCCACUCCAGGAAGAUGAACUUGACACGUGGCAUUAAUCUUAGGAAGAUUGCAGAGCUGAUGCCUGGAGCUUCUGGUGCUGAGGUCAAGGGUGUUUGCACAGAGGCAGGGAUGUAUGCUCUGAGAGAAAGAAGAGUUCAUGUCAACCAGGAAGACUUUGAGAUGGCUGUGGCGAAGGUGAUGCAGAAAGACAGUGAGAAGAACAUGUCGAUCAAGAAGCUUUGGAAGUAAAAGGCUGACACAAUGCAACUACAUAUGUAUAUUUUUCUUUUGUUUAUGGUUUGUAAUUGUCAUUCUAGAGUAAAUGGUUUCCCCAAAUA